AUGAGGUUCUCAAAAACCGUUCUUAUUGCCGUGCUAGUUUCUCUUGCAUCCGCCAUCCCCAUCAACAUUACCACUUACAAUUAUAUUAGCUAUGAUGUGUCGCGGUUCUUUUAUGUUAACUCUGCCCUGAAGAAUAUUGACCUAGGAGUCAAUUUUGAUCCGCUGUACUUUGAUACUCCUGGCCAUUACAACUAUAGAAGUAUCAACGAAGACCAACAAUCUAUCAAUACCAAGUCUCUACUAUUACUAAGCGAUUCGAAAAUAGUGAAAUUGAAUCAUGAUUAUAAUAACGUUCUAUAUUGUCUAGCAAAAUAUAUAAAGAACCUCAAACAAAAGAAUAAUAAAUUGAUGGAUUUGGACGAUGAUUUGAUCAGUUUCAUAAAAAACACCAAAUCGACAGAUGAGUUUCUCGAGAAUGUCAUCAAAAACAAAUCAGACGUCAAGAACAUUCUUAACAAUUUACACCUCGAGGAAGACAUUAAUGAUGAAAGAUUCUUGGAUAGUAUACUAGAAGAAGAUGAUGAUGAUGAUUAUGAAGAAUCAUACCUUAAUAACGCUACUUCAGUUCCUCUUGAUUUUUUCCCAAUCCAACCAGGAAAUAAUAGAACACAACUGGUAAAUGUCAAUCUUAUCCACCUAUAUCAUCUAACACCAAUUGUUGAUGAUACUUUCAAAUAUCAAAUCUUCCAUAAAGUCAACUUUAAUCAUCCAAACCUUGAUGAGUCUAUUAACAAAACUUUCGAUUUCCUAUACAAUGAAACAUUUUUAAAAACGUUUGUCAACAUGAUUAAUGAUUUGACAAACAAAGACAUUCAAAUUACUUUCGGAUCCAAAAAUCACGGCAAUAAUCUUUUGAAUAAUAUUCAUAUCAGUACAUAUGAAAAGAUCCUUCACACAGGAGAAGAAAAAAUUAAUAAAAUACCCCUCAGUGAUGUGAAAUUACAAUUAAACUUGUUGAUCUUGAUUAAUUUGGGUUUCCUUGGUUUAAAAAUCAUAGAGUUUAUCAAUGGGAAUAAUUUAUUAUUUUCAACAAGGCAUCUCUAUUUCCUCUAA